AUGUGCGAUGCAGCUAAGAGAGGUCCACAUAUCAACGGGAACGUGGAGGAAGUCCCCUCUUUCCGGAGCUGCCUUAUCUCUCGUACAUUCCUCGCCAGCCUGCUCUGGACCUCGCUCCUUCAGCUGCGAUCGUCCAUUUUCAUCGGCACUCUGAACCCCCUGCUCAACCUCAUGACGAACGCUGAUCCCGAACAAGUCAGCAGGUUUACAAACGCCUUUGCGUUCACGCAGCUGUUUGCUGUUCUGUGCGCUCCUUGGAACGGACUAAUACUGGACAGGCACAAAUUGAUGGGACUGGGUUUGAAUGCAGCCUCAGGCUCAGUAGCGUCACAGAGACUGGCCGACAUGCAGGCGACGGUCCUCUCUCUCGCCCUCACCGUUAUCCUCUCGGCCUUGUUCUCUCUCGCCGCCGCCAUCCCGGUGCCGGAGGUUCAAUACCUGACGUUCAUUCUGUUCAUGAUGAUGCGAUCCUUCCUGUACGGGGGGCUCAGCGCGUUCAUCACCAUUACAUGAACAUCGCACUUAUCGUUCUGGUAUCCUUGACGUUUGUCCACCCAAUCAACGUCUACAUCUACUGCCAGCGGGCCAAGCACCAGAGGGGAGCGUCAAACUGAGGAUUGAGCGAGAGAGAAAGAGAGAGAUUGAGGAAGGUCAAGAAGGAGAUAAUGUUAUAAAAUAUGCUUCUAAAAUGAUGAAGGAGACUUUCAACAUCGAGCACUAUGAAAAUCAUCCAUUUUUGGAUAACGCACAUAGGAUUGGGAAUAAAUCUGGUCGCCAAGAUAAACCGAGAAAUUUGAUUGUUCGGUUUCACUUCUUGCAGAUGAAGGAGAAUAUUCUCCAGGCAGCAAAAAAGUUGGGCGUGGUUGAAUAUGAAGGAUGCAAGUUUCGGUUUGUUCCUGAUUAUAGUUACGAGUUUUUGGAAAUUAGAAAGUCUUUCCAUAAUGUAAUGUCUGAGUUGUUUAAGAAAAAGUUGCUCCCUGCCUUACUUUAUCCAGCUAGACUGCGUAUACGACUCUUUAAUGGUAACAUUCGAUUUUUUAAUAAUCCUCAAGACGCUUCCAGCUUUCUGGAGGCUUAUGAGGGUGAAGUUGCGACCAGGAACAAUUAAUAGCUGAUUAAGUUAUAAUUGGAAAUUUACUGUUCCUAUUUUGACAAUAUAUCAUUUUGUAAUGAUUAUGAUGGUAUCGAAUAACAACUUUUACCUUCUCUAAGAUACUGUUAAUUUAAUAUAAUGGUAUAUACACAUUAUUUUUUAAGAUUUUCUUUGUUAGUUUUUCUAUUUUUAAAAUUGAAGGAAUGUUUCCCCCCCUUGUCUUUAGACAAAUUAAGUGAACGCAGUUCUUGUUUUUCACAUUUUGACCUUGGAUAUAUAAUAUGAAGUAACUCUUGUGUUCCACUGCUAACAUGUACUUUUUUUAACCAUAACAUUAAUUUUGUUUUGGCUAUUGAGUGCAAUUUAUGCCUUCUUUUUAUGUUGGGUGCUGUCAUUAGGAGAGAUGGGGGUAGGGAAGGGAUUAGGUAGCGUACUGACUGUCUACUAGUCAGUUUCGGGCUUUUCAUGGGUGGGGGGGGUCUUUUGCUUUUAGCUUAUCUUUUUUCAUCUGUGCAGAAUCUGAACUACAACAAUGUCUGAAAUGUCAUCACCUCUGGCUCCGCCCUAGAUUUUUCUUCUUCCAGUAUCAUGCUUUAAGAAAUUAACCCUUUACAUUCCACAUGAUUUUUACAAACAAUAUGGAUCAAGUUAUUAACUUCCUUUCAUGGAAUGUGAAUGCGUUGAACCAUCCCAUUAAGAGGAUUUUUUUUUAAGUUCUUCGUAGACUAAAUGCUCAGAUUAUCUUUGUUCAGGAAACUCGUGUAAGGCAAGAUGACAAUCAACGAUUUUUCAAGUUUCGGAGAGGACAGCAGUUUCAUUCAAAUUCACAGGCUAAGGUGAAAGGUUGAUUUAAGGGACAGAAAUUGUGUGGUAACAUGAGGGGGGACUUCUUUACUCAGAGAGUGGUAGCUGUGUGGGAUGAGCUUACAGUGGAAGUGGUGGAGGCAGGCUCGACUUUAUAAUUUAAAAAUAAAUUGGAUAGGUAUAUGGAUGGGAAAGGAAUGGAGGGUUAUGGUCUGAAGGUAGAUGGGACUAGGGAAGAAUAAGUGUUCGGCACGGACUAAAAGGGCCGAGAUGGCCAGUUUCCGCGCUGUAAUUGUUAUAUGGUUAUAUGAAAAAUGUCUCUAUUUUUAUUGACUCCUUAGUUCCGUUUGUUCAUUAUGAAACAAUUUCUGAUCCAUAUGGUAGAUUUUUGGUGAUUACCGGUGUUCUUCAUAACCAAAAAGUUACUAUGGUGAAUGUUUAUGCACCAAAUAUUGAUCACCCUGAGUUUUUUAAACAGUUAAUUGCAUCCUUUCCUAAUUUAAAUGAACACUUUUUAAUAAUGGGUGGAGAUUUUAACUGUUGUUUGAACUGCUUGAUGGACAGAUCUGCAUCUGAUCAAGUGCUUCCAAAUAAAUCAGCCAGUUUUAUCAAUUAUUUUUUACUUGACUCUGGAAUGUUAGAAGUCUGGAGAUUCUUACACACAAAUGACAAAAAAAAUAAAAAAAAUUCUAUCAUGUAUAUCAUAGUUACUCUAGGAUUGACUACUUUAUAAUAGAUUCUCGGCUAGUUUCAUCGGUCACUGCAUGCGAGUAUGAUGCAAUUGCUAUUUCUGAUCACGGACCACUGAAACUAUCAAUCAAACUACCCGAUUCCAAGAUUAGUGCUAAUCAAUGGCGAUUUAAAACUACUUUGCUUCAAGAUCUAAAUUUUGUUAAUUUUAUUAAAGAUCAGAUUGCUUUUUUCUUCUUAACAAAUUCUACUAAAGAAAUAUCCAAUGGUGUAGUCUGGGAUGCUUUUAAGGCAUAUAUUCAUGGACAAAUUAUUUCAUAUUACGCGGGAUUAAAAAAAUAAAUUCAAAAUGAAAUAUGUAUAUUGGCUGAUGAGAUUAAAGAAAUUGAUAAAAAAUAUUCAAAAGCUCCUAGUUUAGAGCUCUAUAAGAAUAGUGUUGAACUUCAAUUGAGACACGAUUUGUUAUUAGUAUCACCGAUUGAGAAUCAGCUACUUAAAACCAAAAGUCAAUUUUAUAACAUGGUGAAAAAUCUGGUAAAUUACAAAGAAACAUAGAAAAUAGGUGCAGGAGGAGGCCAUUCAGCACUUCCAGCCAGCAGCGCCAUACGUUGUGAUCAUGGCUGAUCAUCCCCUAUCAGUAACCCGUGCCUGCCUUCUCCCCAUAUCCCUUGACUCUACUAGCCCCUAGAGCUCUAUCUAACUCUCUCCUAAAUCCAUCCAGUGACUUGGCCUCCACUGCCCUCUGUGGCAGGGAAUUCCAUUACUCUCUAAUUACUCGUUAAUCAGUUGAAAGCGGUGUCGGCCAAACGUCAGAUUACUAAAGUGAGUAAAUGGGAUGGUACACUAACUGUAGACCAUGAUGAAAUUAAUAAAUCCUUUCAGGAAUUUUAUACCUCCCUAUACCAAUCAGAAUUUCUUACUGAUUCCAAUAUAAUGCAUGAGUUUUUAAAGAAACUGAACUUGCACAAUUUAUUACAUAAUGAGUCUCUGUUGUUAGACGAACCCAUCAUGGAGAAAGAAAUACAGAAAGCAAUCCUCUCGAUGAAUUCUGGUAAAGCUCCCGGUUUAGAUGGGUUUAUGGCAGACUUUUAAAAGUAUUUAUCAAGUUUACUGUCUCCCUGGCUAUGCAAGGUUUUUAAAGAAGCCUUUUUCCAAUCCAAUCCAAUCCAACUUUAUUUGUUAAGCACUUUAAGACAACCAAUGUUGACCAAAGUGCUGUACAGAAGAAUAAACAAGACAUCAUAAACAGACAACAUAACAGAACAUAACAUAACAGCUCACAUAAAGCGCAAAAAUUACAUAUGAAAUACAACAAUAAAUUAAAAGACAUAAAACAUGAGUAAAAAUAAUAACCACGCAAUAAAGCAAUCAAAAUAAGAAAUUAAAUCAAGUAAAUAAAGUCGACAUCUUACUGGGUAUCAAAGGCCACGGAGAAGAGAUGGGUUUUAAGAAGUGAUUUAAAAACAGACAGAGAAGAGGCCUGUUUAAUGUGGAGAGGCAGAUCGUUCCAUAAUUUGGGUGCCAACACAGCAAAGGCACGGUCCCCUCUGAGCUUCCACUUAGUUUUAGGCCCACUCAGGAGCAGCUGAUUAUCUGACCUGAGAGAGCGGGUGGGUGUAUACCUUUUACAAUUACGAGAUUGAA